GUCUUGUUUCUCAUGCGUCGCGCGUGUGGGUGAGACGACAUCGCACACCGGCGCAUCGUACGACGUGACGCGGGCGAAAACGCGUGCCGCGAUCAGUGACAGACAAAAUGGCGGAGCGCCUGAUGCAGCAGUGGUAGUAGAGCGGUGCAUAUCGCGCGGACUACGUCAACGUGUGCGACGUACGGGGGUGGGGGGAGGGCAGUUGGACGUGACGAGAGCCCGACAACAGCUGGACGGUAACCAUGGAACGUGCGCUCUCGACGACAACGAGACGUCGCGGUCACCAGCAUCACCCGCGACAUACCACGCGACGACGUCUCGACGCCUCCAGCAGAGGACCCGCGCAGUGUGGCCCUGCUGGCACCGUCAAAGACCCCGCCGACGAGGAGACCGUCGACGCGGUCGACUGCCGUCUCGGGACGACGGAGGCCCCGGUGUCGCGUGUCACGCUCGCCAGGUGGUCGACGAGGAUCGGCGAGAUCGAGACGAAGGACGCGAGAGCGCAGAUCGAGAACGAUCGUAGAGACGAUGACGUCCGACAAAGGCUCGCGCAGUGUAGCCUGGACGUUCCCGCGCUCGAGAGCAAGAAUGCCUGCGAGACGCGCGACGAGACGACGAAGGAAUCCCCCAGGUCCGGCGGGGAAAAGGCUUCCGAUGACGAUCACGAGAGCGAUCGGCGGAGUAAGAGCGACUCGCCCGAGCCCGAGCACGCGGUCGCGAGGGCUCGCGGCGAUGGCAACUCGGACGACGAGUCGGCCAACGUCGAGGAGGACCCGGAAUUGGCUGAGCUGGCCAAGUUGCGUUGUCCUAGCGAGCGAGCCGAGGUCCAGGCCGAGAGGGAGGCCCGCAGACGGAAGAGAUGCGCCGAUUAUCCCGGGCUCGCCUUCGGCUGCUCCAUAUUCUCCAGCGACACGAUGAUGAAGUUUAAUUUGAUAAAGAACGAACUGCAGAAUAUCAUGGGCAAUCAGCUGAAGCGGGCUGAAUCUGAAGUCGCAGCCUUGAAUCGCCGCAUUCAGCUGUUGGAGGAGGACCUCGAGAGAUCCGAGGAGCGUCUUGCCACUGCCACUGCCAAAUUGGCGGAGGCGUCGCAGGCUGCCGAUGAGAGCGAACGCGCCCGCAAGAUUCUUGAGAAUCGCAGCUUGGCGGAUGAAGAGCGCAUGGACGCCCUCGAGAAUCAGCUGAAGGAGGCCAGAUUCCUUGCUGAAGAAGCCGACAAGAAAUACGAUGAGGUCGCCCGUAAAUUGGCCAUGGUUGAGGCCGAUCUAGAACGCGCCGAGGAGCGUGCGGAGGCCGGAGAGUCCAAGAUCGUAGAGCUUGAAGAAGAAUUACGCGUCGUCGGCAAUAACUUGAAGUCCCUUGAAGUCUCAGAGGAAAAGGCAACGCAGAGAGAGGAGACGUUCGAGGGCCAGGUGAAGAUUCUGGAUAGUCAAUUGAAAGAGGCUGAAGCACGUGCCGAGUUCGCGGAAAGAUCCGUGCAGAAACUCCAGAAGGAGGUUGACAGGCUCGAAGACGAACUCGUCCACGAGAAAGAGAAGUACAAAUACAUCUGCGACGACCUGGACCUCACUUUCACCGAAUUGGUUGGUUAAAUCGGUUUACCGAAUACCUGCAUCCGUUGUCGAAUUAUUUGUACAUCAAUGCUAUUCGAUCGCUGUCGACUCACAUCAUCGAUGCAUACUUUUGUCAUCGAAUAACUAAAAGUCAAUAUGUAUUAUUAUAAAUAUGUUUCGCGUUCUCUAAAUAUGCUCAUUUUUUAUUUAUCUACAUCAAAUUUCUAUUAUACUUUCGGUUUUCAGAGAACGUAGAGCAGUCAUAGGGCCGCGAUGAUUUAUUUAUUUCGAAACACCGCUUAUAUGUAUAUAAAUCAAAAUUACAAACAUAAUUUUUAAUGUAGUUAUAAUUAUAUUAGGCUGCUUUAACAAUCAAGCACAUGGUAAAUAAAACAAGUGCAAUCCGAUCUCUGUACUAUUAAUAAAACAUUGAGUUCUGAAAAUAUCUUGAUUCCUCCGUCAUAAAUAACGCGACUUAAAAUUCUCGAUGCUGUACAAGGCCAUUUUUGUUUCGAAUAUUCCCAAAAAAAAGAACAAAUAAAAAAAGAUCAGAAUUUGA